GGUGACAAACAAAAUAUGGCUAUAUCGAUACAAUAUUGGGCGAAUUAUACAGCCGAGAAACCGAAGUUGAUGAGAAAGUCGGAGAACGCCGUUAUUUGUAACCAUGUUCUAAAAUUUUUAUUUGACCAAGAGACGAAAAUGAUCCAUGCAGUUGUACAAGCUUCGAUGAGGAACACAUCAUAUAAAGUCACGGCAAUUUUAGGAAGUUCUUAUGAAGUCUCUAACACAUCAUGUGAGUGCCCCCUGGGAAAAUAUGAGUGUCAUCAUGUUGCCUCUGCAUUACUGUAUGGAUACAAAUGUGUGAGCAAGACUGACAUAAAGUGUGGGUGGUUAAAGAACCCAAAGACGUCAAUUAAAAAAGACAUAAAAACAAUGGAAGAAUUGUUUCCCCCUGCACGCCAAGAUUACUGCAUUAAAAUGGAUUCUUGAACCAGAGCCAUGUGAGCCAGGCCCACCUGUUCCUGUCAUUGAAGACCUGUUAACAUCACCAGAGUAUGUUCAUUCUGAUGCCCCUAUGGUAUGGUU